ACUUCAGUAUUAUCUGAGGGCGGCAUCAGUGAGGACAAGACAGGACGGGGACCGUUGGACAGCCGUGCGGUCGGUUCGUGUGUUUUCACGCUAGGACACCACACGCAUUGACAUAAUAGCCACUGGGCCACGAUUCCACGUCGUGUACACGCGCGUAUCCGCAGCUGGUCCUUCGGAAAACACGCGCGGCCCACCACCGACGGCCUCGGGCAGGACCGAGGAGGAGCGCGCGCGGGGUGACGUAAGCCCGCGGCCGCGCGUCCCCGCGUCCCCGCGAGCGCACGCACGCACGCUGAUGUGCUGGAAUGUACGGGGACGGUGUGGAGACCAGCACCUCCUGGAACGGAAAGUCUUCGCGCGAAGAAGUCCCCGGUCGUCGAGCCCACCGCGCGUUUCCACGAUUCCUCUGCGUGGAUCCAGCAUGGCUGCCCAGACAGUGUAUCCAAUUGGAGUGGGCAUGUUUACCCCUGUGGUAGCCGUUCCUAUUGGAAAUGAGAGCCAGGCUGUGAGUGACCUGGCUGCUCCACAGCUGGUCAUGCUGGCCAAUGUGGCCCUGACAUCAGAGAGUAAUGGCUGCGAUUGCCUGGUGGAGGAGAAGCAGAUGGUGGAGCUGAAGACGGUUUGCAGCAGUUACUCCGACAGUGAAGAUGAGAGCCUCCCGCGCUUUGGCGGCUAUGACGGACACAUAGAGCAACCUGCAGUGCAUUACCCCGAGGCCCAGCCUGCCCCGCCCUGCCAGGCAGUUCCAGCGGUGGAAGUGCAGCAGCCAGAGGAAAUGGAGCAGAUGAGGGAAGCAGAGGAGGACACAACUGGAGUUCCAGAACGGGACCCGUCUCCAACAUGGGGUAAACGCAAACGUGUUCAGCGUCCUACAGAGGCACCAAAGAAGAAGAAACCCUUCCACUGUAAGCCCUGCCAGUACCAGGCAGAGUGUGAGGAGGAAUUUGUCCACCACAUUCGCAAGCAUAGUGCCAAGAAACUAAUGGUGGUCGGUGGGGCUGAGGACGAGGAGCCUGCCAAGGAGCCAGCGACUGGCGAGGGUGGUGACACACCCAUCUGUGCAAAGGGUGUGAUUCGCUGCGAUCGCUGUGGUUACAACACCAACCGUUAUGAUCACUACGUGGCCCAUCUUAAACAUCACACCAAGGAGGGCGAGAGCCAGAGGAUCUACAAAUGCACCAUCUGCACCUACACCACAGUGAGCCAGUACCACUGGAAGAAGCACUUGCGUAACCACUUCCCCAGCAAGCUGUACACCUGCUCCCAGUGCUGCUACUUCUCUGACCGCAAGAACAACUAUGUGCAGCACAUACGAACCCACACAGGGGAGCGCCCAUUUCGGUGCCCUUACUGCAAGUACUCCAGCUCUCAAAAGACCCACCUGACCAGGCACAUGAGAACACACUCGGGUGAGAGGCCCUUUAAGUGUGAGACCUGCAGCUACCUUGCUGCCAACCAGCAUGAGGUGACCCGCCAUGCCAGACAGGUCCACAAUGGACCCAAACCCCUUAGUUGUCCACACUGCCAAUACAAGACAGCUGACCGCAGCAACUAUAAGAAGCAUGUGGAGCUCCACAUCAACCCUCGUCAAUUCCUUUGCCCCGUUUGCAGCUAUGCUGCCUCCAAGAAGUGCAACUUACAAUACCACAUCAAGUCCCGGCAUCCGGACUGCUCCGAGAUCACCAUGGAUGUGUCUAAGGUCAAGCUGCGAGUGAAGAAGCCAGAAUCCACCUCUACUUCCAACCCCAGUUCCAGCACCACCUCCACUUCCAACCCCAGCUCCAGUAACAGCAGCACCCCCAGUUCCAGGUCCAGUGCCACCUCAGAUUGUAGCUCGAUCUCCAACUCAAGCUCUACAUCCGCCUCAAGCUCUACUUACUAUAAAGAUGAUGGAAACACCCAAUACAUGUUGACAGGGAUCAAAGAAAAGAAGAAGGCUACCAAGCAGGGGAAUACUAGUUCUGAGGACCAGCAGAAUCUAACCCCGAUUAACCUCUCAAUGAAGAAACCAAGCAAGCCUGGCUUGGUGCCGAAUGCUGAUAAGGAGCGUAAGGAGAGGACCCCAAAGAGAGGGGAGCAAGCCACAGAUAAAGGUGGCACAGGAAAGGUGGAGAAGGUACAGGUGGAAGACAAGAGCACAGAGAAGCAGAGCAUGCGAGCUGAGAGGUCUGAGCGGAGGGAAAAGAGUCUUGGAAAAGUGCAGAGGAAAGAUGAUAGACCCGACCACAGUGGGAAGCGGGCAGAGAAUGGAACUUGCAAGGCAGAGAGGAAGAGAGAGAAAGAACGUAAGAAGGCAGCAAGAGCCACCCGAUCUGCUGAAGAUGCUGAAGUGAGGGCUCCACCCAAAAGGGGACGGAUAGCAGGGAAAAUGACCAGUGCAGAGGAAAAGGAAAAGGUGGAGAAGAAGAAAGAGAGAGUGCAGAGAGCUGACAAAGAAAAGGCUGAAAGGGAGAGGCUGGAGAAGGAAAGGAUAGAAAAAGAGAGGGAAGAACAGGAAAAAGCCAAUAAGGAGAGGAUGGAGAAAGAGAGGGAAGAAAAGGAGAGGGUGGAGAAAGAGAGGGAAGAAAGGGAAAAGGCUGAAAAGCUGAGGAAGGAGAGGAUGGAGAAAGAGGGGGAAGAAAAAGAGCAGGCUGAAAAGAAGGUGGAAAGAGCUGAAAAGCAACAGUUGGAGAAAGAGAGGCAAGAAAAGGGGAGUGCUGAAAAGGAAAGGAUGGAGAAAGAGAUGGCUGAGAAAAAAAGAAUAGAGGAGAAGACUGAUCAAGCUGAGAAGGAGAGAGUUGAAAAGGAGAAGAUGGAGCAGACUAUGCAAACGAAGAUCAAAAAGGUGAAGCUGAUCAAGAGCACCCCACAGAAGGUAGUCAACGUGGCAGGAGGCCCUCAGGGCACUGAACAAAAUAUUGCAUCAAGUCAGGAACUUCCGGGAAAACCCGAUAAGUCUGAAGCAUUGACAAAGGGUGGGAAGAGAAAGGCAGAUGGUGUGGAGCCAUCACAACUGCAGCAGCAGCCCCCUGAGCAGCGUUCUGGCUGUCGGAAGAGUAAAAGAAGAAAAGAGGAGACAGAUCCACAGGCCACAAGUCUACGUAGCAGACGCAAGGCACCAACGUGUUUCCAGGCUACUAAAGAUACGCUGACUGAAAAGUUGAACUUGCCUGUCAAACUGGAGAUGAAAGGCAAGAAGGCCAAGGGCAAGAGGAAGUCGAGCCUGGGUGAGGCAGGACCUGAAAUGUCUGAUAACAGCGAGGUUAAGACCUCCCCUGUAGAAGAUAUUGCAGAGAACGAGCUGGAAAAAGAGAUGCCACCAAUGGUGGUCCAUCCAGCAGCUUUGGAAGAGGAACACCAGACAGCUGUGGAAGAGAACUUCCAGACCAACUUGUCUCAGGAAGCUUCUGCUAGGAAGGCCGUUAAUAAAGUAGGUCCCGAGAAGGUGGAGACUCCAAACAACUCUCAGAGCAGUACAGAGGGUGCUCCAGCUGAAGACAGAAGGGCUGAGGCACAGUGUAGAGAGAUCAGCAGUGCACCAAAGGACACAACUGAGGUUCAGAAGGAAGUCCCUGACUCUGGGCAAGAUGACCGUGGGGAACCCAGCUCCCCUCUGGAUCUUCCAAGGACAGGCCAUAAACCCUCUGACACUGAGGAGGAUGAGGGCAUCCACAGCCAUGAUGGCAGUGACAUCAGUGACAAUGUGUCUGAGGGCAGUGAUGAUUCUGGGCUCAGUGGCUCAGGGAAGCUGGCAGGCCCAGAGACCCCCACGGAGGCUCCAUCCACUCCACUGGCAAGCCACACCUGCAUCUUCUGCGACCGCACGUUCCCGAUGGAAGUGGAGUACCGCCGGCAUCUGAACCGCCACUUGGUGAAUGUGUAUUACCUGGAGAGCGCUACCAAGGAGCAUGAGUGACAGUCAUAAUCGUGUUUGUGCAUUUUACUUCCAUACUGUACAUUUUUUGUCUCAUACAUCAACCACCAGCACCAGUUUUUUGUUGCUUUACUUUGGUUUUUUUUUUUUUUUUUUCUUUUUUACAUGAACGGUUGGUUCAAAAUACUACAAGUCUGAAUUUUUCACAGGUAUCUAACACUUUUUUUAGUUAGUUUAAGGCUUUGUUGUACACUUAAAAAAACCCCACUAUAUUAGCUUUAUGAAGAGAAUCUGCACUGGAUGUACUUUUUUCAUUUAUGAUUAGUUCUGAGCAGAGAUCAAUUUUGUCAUCUAAUUCAUUUUAUUAAUGGAGAAUUUCCGCUUUUGUAAAGUUCGUUUUGGCUUUUGUCCAAGUUGACUGGAGGCCUUUGGAGGGUGUGUAAAUUAUGACUGCACAGAGGUGUCUGAAUCCAUUGCAUAAGGAAACACUUGGGAACCGUUUAUGGAGAAGCACUGUCCUCUUUCCCCAGUUCAACUGCCAAUGCCCUGCAUUAUUUGACUGAUGCCUCAAGAGUGUUUGGGCUGGAUUCUGUAAGAGAUGAUGGAGAUGAUGGAGAUGGCCAUUGUGGAGAGCUGCUUGACUUUCUAUCAUUUAAAAAAUAAAAACCAACUGUUUGUGUGUAUUUGGGGUAGGACGCAGUUUUUGGCAGCAUGUGUUCUACGGAAGAGUCCGUCAUGUUUUCGUCGGGAGCAGCCUAACGGGCACCAAGCCCACUGCCCCCCCCAACAGGUUUUCCCCAUUUGUCACCGUCUUUAGGCAACAAUGGCAGAGGCCGUUGGGAAAGGAAGCGUGACGCUACCAAACGAAGAUUCGAAGGCGUCCGCCCUUGGCCCCUGCAGAGGCACUCGAUUGGACAGACCCAGGUGGUCCUCUGCCAGUAGUGGACGAGAAGAAUGGGCCUCUCACUCCUAUUGUGUGGUUUCUCUUCAGUGGACCGUCUCGUGUCUGUGCUGUGCGUUCAGAGGCGGCUCGUGCUCAGCUGACAACUAGUGGAAAGCGCUGCUUCCGCCUCCUUUCCUUUAGCAGAGCUCUUCACAGUCAAGAGAAUUCCUUUGUUGCUGUUGAGAAGACCUGGUGAUAAGACCAUUGGUGCGUUGCAUCAUCAAAGUAUCUCAGCUGUAGGCAUAAAGGUUUAAAUUUUAAAGCUUUACUCAAGAUUUUUUCUUUUCUUCAUUAUCAGUUUUGUGGGGCUAGUAUGGUGGAAUUUGGAAUACGUUAUAUUUAAAUUGAGAUUUAUCCCCUUUAACUUCCCUGCCUUAUCUGCAUUCUUAAAUUUAAAAAAAAAAAAAAGAAAAAAAUCAGGAGUACAAUUUGUUUGGUGAAAUGUCUCCUCAGAGACAUGAUUGUCAUGCAAAUAAAAAUACAGCACUUUCACUUGUGGUUGGGAGGGUAAGUGAACAGUUCAACUGGGCUUUGGAAAAUGGUGUUUCGGAAGGAUAAACUGAAGUUCUAAUACCUGUGUUGGGAAAUUGAAAAUGGAGUGCCCUGUAAAUUCCAUACAAUUAUAGGAUAAUGUAUAGAAAUCAAAAAGUAUUAUUGUGUUAGAAACAUUUAGUAGUUUUUUUUUUUGGCUGUCAUUGAAAAUGCCCAAAGAUUUUCAAAGCAUUUUUAUAUAUAUUGAUUGAGGACACUUUCUGUAAAAAUUUAAUACGACGACUUUUUGUUUUUCUUUUUGGUGCCUUUGACAAUCAGUCUUGGUUUCCUUCUUACUGAAUAGUUGAAUAUCAGUGGCUCACUGUGCAAAUAAACAGUAGUUGAACUGCUACUGAAACUUGAUCCUUCGCUAAGUAAGAGGACUGUCCGCGAGGGAUGUGGUGCAAGUGCAGACCCCCUUCCUCACAAGGCUCAAAUGCUGUUUUCUGCUCAAUGGGACUAUCGGUAUAGCUCGGCUAACAGAGUGCAGCCUUUAUUUGUGCAGAUUUGCUGCUGUGCCACUGCAAGAUGGAUGUUUCAGGCUUGCUAGCACCUGUUACAGGUGGAGCGUGUAGGAUGGGAAGGGAAAAUGUUUGGCUGGAGGGGACUGAACCGUGUGCUGUACUGUCGAUCUGAUAUGAGAUGUUGAAAACUCAGCAUUUUCCGUAAUAAUUGAAUAGCAAACGAGAAAGGCCCUCUGACCCCCUCAGCCUCUCGCAUAAUUUCCAGUCACAGCCUUCAUUUCUGAAAACCGCCCAAACGCAUACAGACAUGCUCCUCAGCUCAGUGCAAUAUUGUCUUUUUGGGGUUAUACCAAAGUGAAAGGCCAAGGGACUUUAAGGGUUGUCGUUUGUUGGAGGAACUGCACUCAGGCGGAGUUGGAUUAGUGAUAUGUGCUCUGCUGUGUGCAUUUUUGAUCCCAUGCAAAGAUGUAUCCUCCAUAGUGCUCAUCUUGGAGAUUGCUGCAUGUGCUGAUUUUAAUGAACUAGUCAUGACUGAACUGCUGUUUGAAUUGAUCACACCAUUCAAGUCCUGUUCAAUUUUUAUGCUUUAUGGACCCACAACAAUUAAUAUUAUGUUGCUUGAAAAUAUUUGUAAUGCUGAAAAAUUUUACAGGUGUCUUAUUUAAACAUUUCCUUUAUCUGAAAAAAAUGGAAACAAUAUAAUCUGAACUGCUUAGUCAUUCAGUUGCUAAUAUGUAAUUUCUAAGUGAUGAAUUUAAUUUUUAAACAUAAAUGAGUAAGUUCCUGUAAAGUAUUCCUUUAUUCAGCAGGCCAACCGUAAAGUAUUAAGUGGACAUAAUCAAUAAAGCUAGUUAAGGACAUGCUCAGCAACUGCAGCACAGCACUGAUAAUGGUUUUCUUGGACCAGAAGUGGAAAAUGCUUCUAUGAAUGGUUCAGUCUGUCAUGUGACAAUACAUGCUUGCUUUCCCCCAAUUGUAAAUGUUUCCACUCAUGCACAUUUGCCUUAGUCUCAUUUUUUCUUGUAUCUCAAAUGUUUUCUGUGUAUUUAGCCUUAUAUUAAUGUAAUCAACUAUACUUGUCCUUUUGCCAUUUACAGUCUUCUGUGUGUAACAAAACUAUAUCCCAGCCCUUCUUUGAAAAUAGAAAUACGGUUACAUUGGUUUGUGGUCAGUUACAACUUUCUUAUGGGGUUAUGGGAAUUGUAUUUGCAUAAUUAUUGGUUAGAAAUUAUUAUACUGUGGAAUUCAACAAAGAAUUCAAGGUGGUGUGAGUUUUCAUUUUGUUUCUUCCUGCAUUUCUUAUGUAGAUAAAACUUAGUUUUUUCAAAUAAAACAUUUGUUUAUCAUGCAUUUUUGCUUCUUUGAAAGUCCUUUGAAACUUCAUACUGCCAUAAGUAUACUACUUGAAGAAUCUGUAUUUAAUAGUUUCUUUAUAACUUAAAUUUUUGCAUAAAUUGUAAGGG